AUGAGUGACAGCAGUCCAGAGAAGAAACAAAAUGAAUUAGAAAUGACUAGGUAAAAAAAGGAUAGUGAUACCAAUAAUUAAAUACUUACUGUAUUAAACGAUUAAUAGGAGGAGUCUUAGCAGGAAUAAUAACCUUUAAAUUUGUAGGAAGGAUAAGAUGAACCUUCAAUGUUGACGAUUCCUGAGGAAGAAGAAGAAAAGUUUUAUCCUUACUACCAUGGUGAGGAUAGCUGGAUGAUAUCAAAGUUUUUUUUUUUACAUCUAACAAAAUAUUCAUUAUUUUUGAAGAGAAAUGUAUUAGACAAAGGACAUAAAAUUGCUGAUAAACACUUACCAAAAUUAUCACCUUGGGAAGACUUAAAAGAAACUGUGGAAGUGUCAUAAAGAACAGUUAAUUAGAAAAAAAAAAUUUCUUGUGGUGAUUUAGUGAAAAUUAUUUUUUUUGGUUAAUUAAAGUGGAUAAGUAUAGGAUGUUUUUUCUCAUACUGUCUAGAAGCAGUUGUAAGAAAUGGCGUAUCAAUGGUAAUGAGCAAAGUGAUUACUAGUGCUGCAAAAGAUGAAAGAGAUAAUGCAUAUGGGUUUGCUAUAUUGUUAGUGUUUCUAAAUUUACUUUGUGUUUUUACAAGGCAUCAUGGUUAUAACUUAGCAAUGAUUUUUUCAUCAAAAGCAAGAAUGGUACUUAUAAAUUUAGUCUACAUAAAAUUAACCGAAUUAAGUGCGUACUCCAUAAAAGAGGCAAAUAUAGGUAAAAUUUUAAAUUUAGUUUCUGGUGAUAUUAAUUACCUUGAAUUUGUACUUAUUAUGAUAUUCUAAAGUAGUGUAUGUUUCAUAUCUAUUAUUUUUGGAUGCUACAUUCUAUGGGAUAGGUUUAGUGGACCUAUAGGAAUGAUCGCACUUGCUAUUAUAUUCGUAGCCUACCCUAUCUAAAUAGUUCUCUAAUCUUUUAAUUCAGAGACUCUAAAAAAUUCUAAGUAAUAUUAAGAUCAAAGAUUAAAACUGACUAAUGAACUUAUUGAAGGUGUUAGACUUAUUAAAAUGUAUGCAUGGGAACAAGCCUUCAAUAACAUGAUAUCCAUUAUGAGAAAAAAGGAAUACAUUUGCUUAUUAACAAUAAGUUUUAGAACAGCCAUUGAUAGAUUAUUUAGUUUAAUAUCUCAAGUUUGGUCAAGUUUUGUUUUCUUUGUUAUUUUGUAUUACGGAGGAUUCAGAUAAACAAUGAACGUAGCUGAAAUGAUUUCAACAAUCCAAUUACUUACAUUUUUUAAAAUAAGUUGUGUAUUUAUGGUAUCCUAUGGAAUUUAAUCAAUAAUUCAUAUAAAAGUAUCUUUUACAAGAAUUGCAACUAUUUUAAACAUUGAAAAUUCAGAGAUGUUAAAUUUAGAUAAACUUCAAUUGAAAACAGAUAAUAAUACUCAACACUAAGAUUAUAAUGGUCCAAGAAUUCAACUUUAAAAUUUUACUUCAUUUUGGACAAGCAAAGUCUCUGCAACUACAAAACCAGUUCUUAAAAAUUUAACACUAGAUAUAUAAGCAGGAGAGGCUUGGGCUUUUAUUGGAAGAGUUGGUUGUGGAAAAUCAACUCUCCUUAGUGCCUUCCUUUAUGAAAUUCCUGCUUAUAAGGGAUCAUUUAAAAUUGAUGGUUAAGAGGCAAAUAAAGGUGUCUUAAGCAUAGCCUAUGUUGAAUAAGAACCAUUUAUCUUUCCUGAUACUAUUAAAAAAAACAUUUUGUUUGGUAGACCAUAUGAUAAAGUUUUGUAUCAAAAAGUCUUACAUGCAUCCUAAUUGGAAGCAGAUUUAUCCUUAAUGAAAUUUUAAGAUCAUACCGAAAUCGGAGAAAGAGGUACUACUCUCUCAGGAGGUUAAAAGGCUCGUUUAUCCUUGGCUAGAGCAUUAUAUCAAUAGGCUGACUUAUAUUUAUUUGAUGAUCCUCUAUCUGCAGUAGAUGCCAGUGUAGCUAAAAACAUCUUUCAUAUGGCCAUCAAAGAAUUCAUUUUUGAUUAUUAAAUAAAAAGAAAUCCAUCAAAGAAGAAACCUAUUGUUAUUUUGGUUACCCAUUAGGUAUAAUAUGCAGUUGAAUGUGAUAAAAUUGCUAUAUUAAAUGAUGGAGAAUUAAUCUCUUAAGGAACCUAUGAAGAUAUUAAAUCAAAUUUAUAUAUGAUCAAUGAAGAAUUAGCUUAAUAAUUAAAUAACACAAAAGAAACAACAAAAUAAGAAUUUGUGAGACCACAAUUCUAAAAAAGAACAAAAAUAAGAAGUUCUGUUGCCAAUAAUCUUAUAGGUAAGGAAGCAGAUCAACAAUCAUUGAUUAACUUAAAAACAUAUGUGAGAUACUAUAAAUUUUGGAAUUUCUUGAUCAUUUUAUGUGUUUUAUGUUUGGAAGCUGGUUCUGAAGUUCUUAAUAAUUUCUAUUAAAGAAUCAUUUCUCUUUUUUAAGAAUAUUAAUAAGAGGAUGAUAUAGACACAGCCUAUUAUCUUUUAGGAAUGUUAACUUUGGGACUUUUCCUUUCUAAUUUUUUUAAAUAUGCUUUAAACACUUAUUCUGUUUAAACUUCUACUUAGAAAAUACAUUAACAAAUGCUUAGAUCUUUAACUUUAGCCCCAGUUUCAUACUUUGAUGUGAAUCCAUCAGGAAGAAUUAUAAAUAGAUUUUCAAACGAUUUAUCUUUGUGUGAUAAUCAAACAAACUCUGUUAGUUUGGAUGUUUUAGAAAUUAUGGGUGGUUUUUUUUUUGCUCUAAUAACUCUGGCUAUCUUAUAACCAUACUUUUUGAUAAUGAUUGUCUUUAUUAUUGUCAUUGAUAUAUAUUAGUAUAGCUAUGCAAAGAAGAUAAUUAGUUAACUAAAAGAGGUUGAAUUGAUGUAAAGAAGCCCUUUAUUUGAUUUUCUAAAAAAGACUUUAGGAGGUGUAAUAUAAGUUAGAGUUUAUGAAUAAUAAGCUUGGUUUAGAAAAUAAUUUUUAGAAAUAUCAAAUAAAUGCAAUCUUAAUGCUUUAACCUAUUAUUAUUCUUCAAGAUCUUUUGGAUUUAAUCUAGAUGUUGUAGGAUUUAUAGCUUAGACAGUUGGUAUAUUCAUAUUUGUUAAAUUAAAUUAUGAUAAUGUUGCAAUUUUAUCUCAAGGAUUAUUACUUUUGACUACUUAUAAUGAUUCUUUGUAAUGGGGAUUAAGAUAAUUAAUCACAUUUGAAACCUAAAUGAACUCUUAUAACAGAAUGUUCUAGGUUAUUGAUAUUUAACCAGAGGCUCCUCAUGUAAAAGAAGAGGAUACCAAAUAUCCAGAUUUUCCAAAAGACGGUAGAGUUAAAUUUGAAAAUGUUUUUAUGAGAUACAGAUAAAAUUGUGAUUUAGUGUUAAAGGGAUUAUCAUUUGAAAUUUUAAGUGGUGAAAAGAUAGGUUGUGUUGGAAGAACAGGAGCAGGAAAGUCUUCAAUUUUAUAGGCAAUUUUUAGAAUGUCAGAAAUUGAAAAUGAUAAAGAAUCAAAAUUAUUAAUAUCCGACUUGGAUGUUAGAAAAUUAGGAUUGCAUAAAUUGAGAAGUAACAUUGGAAUCAUUCCUUAAUCGCCUUUCUUAUUUACAGGAACUAUUAGAAGAAAUUUGGAUCCCUUCGAUAGUUUUACUGAUGAAUAAUUAUGGAAAGCCCUUGAGCAAACAGACCUAAUAAAGCAUGUAAAAGCAUUUUCAAAUGGUCUAUUAACUGACAUGAGUGAUGUCAAUUCAGUUUUUUCUGUUGGUUAAAAAUAAUUAAUUUGCCUAGCCAGAAUCAUUCUUUUCUAAAAGAAAAUUAUUGUUUUGGACGAGGCCACUGCAAAUGUUGAUAUGAAAACUGAUGAUUUUAUUUAGGAAACUUUAAAAAAGAAAUUUACAGAUUGUACUUUAAUCACAAUAGCACAUAGAUUAAACACAAUUGCUGAUUACGAUAAAGUUAUGGUUGUAAGCGAGGGUUAAGUUAUUGAAUUUGAUACUCCUUUUAAUUUAUUAGCUAAUUCAAUUAAUUCAACAUCUGUAGAUAAGAGUACAGAAUUUUCGAGACUGGUUAAGAAUACUGGUGACUAAAAUGCUUAAGCAAUUUUUGAUAUUGCGAAAUAAAAGCACAUCAAAAAAUGA